GGUCAGCUGGAACUGCACCCCGCUCUUCACCUGUGUGCAUGCAGUGUGGGGAAACUGAGAGAAAUCACUCUGCGGCGCUCCGUGGGAUUAAAACCGACUUUCUCCCCUAACAUGUCCUCGAGUCGUGGCAGUCGUUCGGCUUAGAAAGUCAACUUUUCCGCCCGAGUUCAGCCUCUCGGAGCAGGUGUGGGAGUGAAUGUGAAAAGUGUGUACUUCUCUCUUCUCCCGUCGACGGACUCAAACCUCGACACAAUCAGGAAGUCCGGGGAUUUCUACGUUCCCCCCGGGCUCGAAAAGACAAAACUCAGCAGGUACGGGCCGCUUUUAGAGGAGAUAAUGGCUCGUCGCGGCGCGUGAGGCUCUCGGGGUUCGGUUGUCGGCGGGAUAAACUUCACCGUCAGGAGUGAGUAGUUGGACUUUGCCGUGAAUCGAUACCUGCUCAUCGGCCCGGCGAAGGAUGGAUGCUCCCAGCCUCACGGAGGACGAGAUGGCAGAGAUUAAAAAAGACGUGCUGACCAGGCUGCGGCACUACCUCUGCGAGAAGAUCCGGGCCGACCGGCACCUGGACUUCCUGCGCUCCCGCCGGAUCCUGACCCGGGACGACGCGGAGGACAUCAGCUGCAGGACCACGCAGACCAAGCGGACGGCCCUGCUGCUGGACAUCCUGGCGGAGAACCCGCGCGGCCUGGACGCCCUGGUCGAGUCCAUCCGGGAGAUGCGCUCGCAGAACUUCAUCAUCGCCAAGAUCACAGACGAGGUGCAGAAGGCCAAGAACGAGAAGAUCGAAUCUCUCAAAGCAGUCGGAUCCAGCUCCUCAUCUGAGAGCGCCCUGGUCACUCCCAGUUCGACCAGCGACCUCCCCGCCUCUUUCUCACACAACUCCACCCUGCUGUUCCACCCGGACGGCGAGCAGAGCCCGUCGUCCUCAGACGUGGCCGGCUCGCUCGCCCUGCCGUCGUUACAGCGAGGCGGGGAGCUGGCCUCCGUGGCCGGCGCCAGCCUGGCCUCCCCCACCAACCCGUCCUCCAGCCUGCCGCGGCCCGGGGACCCCGGGGCGCCCCCGCUGCCGGACGAGGUGAUGGUGGAGUCUCCCUCCAACCUGGACGCCGCGACGCCGGGCUGCUCUAGCACCGGGGGCGAUCCCAACUUCCAGCCGCUGCGGUCCCGCUCGCUCACCCCCACACCCAAUAAAAGCCCCUUCUGAGACGGCGGUGAGACGGCGGUGAGACGGCGGCGACGCGGCAGGAAGAGACGGACACGCAGAACCGCCGAGCUCCGCCGGUGCAUGAAGACGCUUUCCUCUGGUGUCGCUACUCGGGUCCAAAAUCUGGAAAAAUAAAUACACAUGAAAGAUGUUUAAUUAAUUUUUAACAAUUAUCAAGUGAAACAGAAAAAAAAAAAAAAACAAUAUUGGAGACAAUAUGAAGACAUUUAUAAGUUACAGUAGAUAAGAUGCAGUCAAACUGUUUUUAAAUAUCCAUCCAAAGCUGCCUUUAGUUUUCUAUACUGUAGUCCGACUUCUCUACAUUUUGGCAUUUUACCUUCUUACAGCUUCUUUUCGUGUUGCAAUCCGCUGCUCAAACUAUUUAUAAUCUGGACAGAAAAGAUGCUGGAGCGCUGCAGAGUAGCAUUUCCACAGUGGACGCCAGUAACUGAAGGUGGUAUCGACACUGUAAUGCAUCCGACCGCAACCGUGAGUCACUACACCACUGAGUUCUGUUUAUACUCAGCAGAUACAGCAUGUGUGAUCGCCUCUGCCUCCGCCUGUGGUUUUGAAAGUGUGCUUUAGUUGCUUUAACUCUCCUGUGGUUGCUUUUUUUUUCUCUCAUGUUUUUCGCCGAGGACUUAUUGACUCAAAACACCACCUAGUGGGUCAACUUGGCAUUACAAACCCCAGACAGGUUCGCUUGCUAAAUUAUGCCAAAAUAUUAUGGAUGCUGUUUUUUCCCACUCUGUUAUUAUUGGUUUAUUUUCAUUGUUUUGAAGAAAUAAGUUACAUCCUGUUCCUCUGUUGCUCAGUAGCUUAUCUGACACUUUAAAAUAGAACUCAAAAUGUUCAAACUUCUCCACCUGGCAAACUUUUUCUACUCUUCCAUCAAAAUCGUGGCAGCUGUGGUUUAGUCACAGAGAAAAUAAUACAUGUUUUAUACACUGGAAUGACUCCUUGGGCAAAUAAUGUGUGAAAAAUGAGCCACUUCGGUCUUUUAAAAUGCUUUUUAAUGUGUUUUGUUUAUUUUCUCAUCACUACAGAAUUUGUGAAUCACAAUGUGGAAGAACUGUGUGACUGUUGUCUUUAUUCACUGAUCAUGGACAAUAAUCUGUUUCUUACUAAGGAUUUUAUGGAUGAAUUCAACUUGAGUUUCCUCUGUAUCGGUGACUGUUGAAUUCGGAAAAGGAACCUUUAUCUGGUUUUGGUGAAUAGAGAUAACGGGAGGUCAUUCACUGUUUUGGAAUAUUGUGUGAAAAUACAAGAGGAAUGAAAGAAAGUUUUCAUUUCAUUGUCGUGUUGCCUCAUUUCCACAACAGCAGGUGAGACUGGUUUUCAGUCAGUGUUGCUUCCUAACUUAACUGUGAUUGAACUGGAGUGACAUUGUGUCGUGUAAGAAGUGUUCCCUUCGUUGUUUUGAGCAGUGUAUGUUGUGUGUUUGUGUUUUGUCAUUAACCCUCAAGAGAUCCUUAAAAAAAAUGGUUUUUUAAAGAAUAUUUUAAUACCAUUUUGGCUGUGUUGAAUGAAUGCAUCUCAAGUUUGACGGAGGAUGGAAAUCUAAUUGGAAUUGUCAGCUCAUUUUUCUAAAUUAAGCUGAAACGGAUUUAAAAAAGUCACAUUUGAUCAUCAAGACCUCUUUAGAAAUCGUGUGAAGCUGAACGUCACCAAACUGUUUUUAUUCUUGUCUACUUGAUGGUAUUUAAACUUUAUGUUCAGAUGAGUUUAAAAGUCAAACUUUAAUAAAACCUUUCUGACUCUG